AUGGAUAAAGAAAAUGAGAAGAACAAUGAAGUCAAUUCAAAUGCCAGUAAAGUAUCGAAUUCGCAAGAUCAUGCAUCCCUUCUCGAAGCUGCUAAUCUCUUUGGCGCGUAUUGGCCACGCGGAGACGCCGCGGCCAACCUGUUUGCCAUGGCGGCGGGCGGUUUUGGCCUCGCCGCCCAUCCAUCUAUGACGUUCGGCAUGCUACCCUCGGGGGCGGGUAGCGGCGGCGGCGGCCGGUCCUCCGCUACCAGUCUGCCGUCUUCGUAUCAAGCGACGACCAGCUCGUCCGGCACUGGCUCCGUUUACACCAACUCCCUGUCGGCGGCGGCAAGCCAGGCCGCCAGUUUAGGCCUACCGGCUGCGAGUGCAGCUUGGUGGUCUAUGGCUUCGCAGCUGGCAGCCCAGGAUUACCUCGCUAGAUUGCAGGCUUCGGGUUUAAGUUUUCCCGGAUUAGGUGGCGAAUUGCAAUAUCCUGGAUUGGGGCUUCCGUCAGUUACUAGUCAGCACAAGAGUUCGAAAAAUCACUACAAAAGCGGCCACUCGUCAUCAUCUCGAUCUCAUAAUCACUCUAAAAACUCAUCGAAAUCAGACACCAACUGCAUGACUGAUCCGAUGAGCGCAUCGUCUUUAUCGACACUGCAUUCCUCCACGAACUCGCAAUCGAACUCGUCCAAGUACUCUCAGAAUUUGUCCGUUCAUCCCGCCUAUAAGCCGUCGCCUUCGGAGAAGCACCAUCGGCUGAAAUCCACCUCGAACGAUUCCAACAGUUAUAAUAAAAGUGCGAAAAGUGUAAAUAAUUCAGUAUCGGGUAGUGACAGUCCCGGUUUGAAAGAAACGCCAUCCUCCUCGCCCAGCAUAUACGCUAGUUCCUACGGACACGGCAACGCCGGUGGCGGUUCUGAGAAAGGCGAUGGCGGUAAUAACGGCGGGAACAACUGCGUUUCCUCUAGCAUAUUGAGUGAUCCUAAUUCUAUUUUGGGUGGUGUUAGGUUGCCACCCGACACAGAAAUCAUCAAGUACACUUCGUCCAUUGUCGGUCCUAAAGUACCGGGUACAACGAAUCGAGGAAGAAAGAAAACCAUUAGUCUCGAUCCGCCUUCUGUAAGUUUACAUCCUUCUAUUAACGCUGCCUCUUUAUUUGAACACACAACCAAACGGCCUAAACUAAAUGAUCAAGACAUUACACCACCGCUGACGCCCCACAGCGACAAGGUUGAAGUUAUUAAGCUUCCGGCUACCAACGGUAACUUGCUGGACGCCGGUUCCAACUAUGACAAUUCGGAAACCACAGGAGAGGCUCCUUUGAAUCUUUCGUUGAAGCCCAAUUCGGAGGUUUCCAAUAUUAAUUCGGCUUUGGCCUCGUUGAGCAGCAUUUCGUCUAGCAUAGGAUCUGAUAGAAUAUCUCGAAGGAAACCAGGACCUAAGCCACGCCGUGUGGUUCCUACUAGCUCCCAAAUAACGACGUCCUCUUCCAAUGCAUCAUCAUAUUCUCAUCUCUUCACACAAGUGGAUUCUCCCAGACCUCCUAGUCGAAAUGAGGGUUCGGACGGAGGCAGCUCGACAUCCUCGACUUGCACUACGACGGCUCUGCUUUCGUCUAGCACGCCGAUUUCUGCGGGGCUGGGAUACAGCCAGAAAGAAGGCAGGCCAAGGAAUUUAGGAAGGGGCGUUAGUAAACCGAAAAAGAACACUGUCGCGUCCCUUCUGGCCCAAAGCCGAGCCUUAGGGAUCAAGCCUUUACCUAUGUUGGACCCGAACGCCUCUAUAAACCAGCAAAUGUCAUUGCUGAAGUCGAACAUAAUGGCAGCCCAACAGUACCUCCAAGAGACCGGCGGCGAUGAGAAAGCUUUAAAUAAAUAUUUCCAGGAGAAAAUUAAGGGCGCCCUUAGUGAUUCCAGUACGGUAGACGCGACCUCCGAUUCGGAUAAUUUAACGGAUUCGAAUCACACUGAUUCGGAAAUGGAAACAGAGGUCGUUGCUAAGAAGCAGAAGCAUUACGAUGAAAGACUAUUAAGAGUCCCUUUAGAUAAAGGUUGGAAAAGAGAAACCAUUAUCCGUGGUUUAACGAAAACGGGAGGUUUAAAGGGCGACGUUACUUAUGUAGCACCUGAUUCGUCCAAUAAGUUUAAGCAAAUGUCCGAUGUAACGCAGUACUUAGAAUAUCAGAAAAGUUCUGAACUGUCUAAAGAAAAUUUCACGUUCAGCUGCCGAGUAAUAUUGGGUGAUUACCUACAACCGGUUCCUGCCGAAAUUCAGUUAGACGGAAGCGAAUUCAUAUACUUAACUGAAGAAGAUGUAAAUAGAAGGAUCGAAGAAUUUAAGAAUUCGAUGAGAACGAACCUGCCUGUAGAACAAAGAAUUGAAAUGGCAAGGAAGCAGCAAGCAGCUAGGGCGGCAGCUAGGCAGGAUAGGGAACAGACGAAAUUGAUUAAAGAAGCCGAAAGGAACGAGAGACAAGAGCAAGCUAAAAGGGAAAAAGAGGCGCGAUCGCAAGAAAUAAUGGAGGAAAGGGAGUUAAAAAGACAACAAGCUAUUCUGCUCAAGGAACAGGAGCGAGAGAGGAGACGUCAGCACAUGUCUCUAAUAAAAUCAUUGGAGAGUAGACGUAAAUUGGAAGAACGCGAAAGGAAGAAGCAACAGUUGCUUGCCGAAAAGCAAGCGAACAAAGAGAAAAAGCUGGAACAAAGGAGGCAAGAUUUGGAAAUCCUCGCCGAAAUUAGGAAACCUUGCGAGGAUUUGGAGUUGGACCAAAACUCUUUGCCGGAUUUAGAAAGAAUACCGGGACUAAAAUUGAGCGGUAAAGCGUUCGCCGACAUUCUCAUGGUAUUCGAAUUCCUUCACAACUUCGGCGAAACGUUGGGUUUCGAUAUGGAAUCCCUGCCGACGCUCGAUUCCCUUCAGCAAGCCUUAAUUUAUAACGAGAAUCCCGUCGAUGCUGAAGAUGAACUUUUCUCAGUGAUGACCCAUCUGCUCGUAUGCGCCAUUGAAGAUCCGGGUAUUCCUAAUCCCGGUCGAUACACAACGAUCCUAGGUCAGAGUUUACGGCAGGCCGAUAUAACUCCGUCGAACAUUUCCGAAAUACUUCGAAUUUACCUAUACGCCAACGCCACGGGCGAAAUUAAAGCGCUUACGGGCAUUCAUUUCGAAAGAGAACGGGAGAAGCGCGUCGCCGAUCAUCACCAAAACGACGACGAAAUGGUCGUAACGCAAUCCGGCAAAAACGCCAAUUACUACGAACAGCUUCACAACCAUCCCACCUACAAGCUCUCCGAUUUGCUCAGAUCCAAACCCUUUAUCGCCCUCAAUCCCACCAUUAAGGCCGAAAUAUUAGCGUACAUUUGCAACGAACUGCUCCAAAACAAGGCCGUCAUCCGGCAAAUUGAAACUUCUUUGGAAACCGUGACACAGCAGAAAAAGGAAAAGUGGAUGAUUGAUAUGAAAAUUAGAAAGCUUCGAAUGCUGCACAAUAAAAAAGUCCGGACAGAAACUCUUGAGAAAUCGCAGAGUAAAUUAGAAGACGAUCAAAUGGCUGACUCUCCCUCUUUGAACAAAGACGAUUUGUUAGAUGAAGAGGAAAACGAAUUGAGCGAAAACGAAAGCGUGGGAACUCAACCCGAUGAAGAAGAAGAUAAUAAAUUAUCCGGCGAGGAAUUGGGAAAGAAACUUGAAAAAUUCGUGAAAACGUCCGAGACGCACUUCAAGACCCUAACGACGGCCAGCCUUCAGCUGCGCGCCAUUUGUUUCGGCCAGGAUCGCUUCUACCGGCGGUACUGGUCCCUUCCGAAGGUCGGCGGCGUGUACGUGGAAUCGAUGGAAAGCGCCGAUCCCGAUCAAAUGGAGGAACAAAUGGAAACGGACGAUCUGAAGGACGGCAGCGGCAGCGGCAGCGACAACGCCCAGAAAAACAACGAAAUGGACGGUUUGAGCCAAAGAGACGAGGAAACCGACGACGUGGACCUGGACGCGGACGAAGAAGUCAACAGCAUCGUGGAUAAGAGCGAGGUGGAGGAUUCCGAUUCUAGGCUGAAAUACGACGAGAACGAGCAUAGGAAAACGCCGAACCGAAUAGGGGCUAUCGAAAACGGUCAAGUUUCCGUGAAGAGCGAGCAAAAUUCGGACGAGUCGGAGAAGAACGGCGACGAGGUGGAGACCUCGGAGGAAAUCGUGAAGAAGGAAACGUCCGAAUCGCCGCGGGAGAACCACGACGACGUUAAUAAUUCAACGGAAUUCGAAUCGUUUAGUAAUAAGAAAUUCAGCUUAUUCGAACGAUUAGGCCAAUGCAUGGAACGCGAAAAUAAGACUGAAGAAGAUCUAAAGGCUGAUGUUAAGGCGGAAGUUAAGGAAGAAUUGAAGAAUGAAAUAUUGAACGAAUUGAAAUCCGACAUUAAAAACGAAAUCAAGCACGAAGCGAAGCAAGAGAGCGAAGAAGAGCAGGAACCCAAGUGGUUCAGCAUUUUAAACUCGGAAUGGGUGUCUUGCGAAGGCAUCCAACUGAAUUCCGGCAAUAAAUGGGAAAACGGCGUUGGAGCUUGCACUAGAGACAUACUCGAACUGAAAAUUCCCGUUUUUCCUCCUGUAGACAUGAAUUCCAGUUACAAUAAUUGCGACAGUCCCGCACCCUUGCAAUUAUCGCCCGAAGAAAGUGCACAAUUAGAAUAUGUAAAAGAACACGGUAUACCGAAAACUUACGAUAAAAAGGCCGUUCCCUAUUCCAUGAGAUUCGGUUGGUGGAGAAUCAGCGACACUACGCAGCUGCGAGACAUCUUGGAUAAACUUCAGAUUAGGGGCAUAAGAGAAAGGGAAUUGAAGAGGAAUUUCAUAAACGUCAUGCAGACGAUGUACGAACAGAAAGGCAGAAUUGUCAUCGAAGAAGGCUCCAAGGAGCUCAGCUCCCUAAGCGAUUCUCCAAUGGAUGGUAUUUCGUUUGUCCAUAAGGGAGCACCGGAACCCGACAAACCCGGUAGCUGGAAUGUUUCCAUCGAACGGAGAGUCGACAUGUUCCUACUGGAGCAGGUCGAAGCGUUAGAAGACAAAGUCGCGAGCGCCAGCAUGCAAGUGAAAGGAUGGAAAGUGCCGAAUCGAGAGGCCGACGAUCCGGAACCGGAGCACGUCGUCAAUACAGCGAAGGAACGAUUGGCAUCUCUCGAAAUGAACAUCGAACGGAGAUACCUAAAACCGCCCUUAGGGGCAAGUACCGCCGAUCCUCAUCUCGCCGCUUUGGCUCAAGAAUCGACCGGAACUCCCAAUCUGCCGAUAAAUUCCGACGAUCUUCCCAAGGGUUUGAUCGUAUGGAGGGAAGCUGUUAACCGAUGUUCGACUUCUGCUCAAUUAGCGAUGUGCCUCUAUUCUUUAGAAGCUUCCAUAGCUUGGGAUAAAAGUAUAAUGAAAGCUAAUUGCCAAUUUUGUCAUAGCGGUGACAACGAGGAUAAAUUAUUGCUCUGCGACGGAUGCGAUAAGGGUUAUCACACGUACUGUUUUAAACCUAAAAUGGACAAUAUUCCCGAAGGAGAUUGGUACUGCCACGAAUGCGUGAACAAAGCGACAGGCGAACGCAAUUGCAUCGUUUGCGGUAAGAAAUCCUCGAUGACGGGCACCAAACUGAUUUUAUGCGAAAUUUGCCCGCGCUCUUAUCACACCGAUUGCAUCCAACCUAAUCUACUGAAAGUUCCUAGAGGAAAAUGGUACUGUUCGAACUGCAUAGCCAAGAAACCUCCGAAGAAGCCCAUCAAGAAAAACCACAAGGUUGCGAAAGAUCAAAACGAGUCAUCUGAACAGCUGCCUCCCUCUAGUCCUACGCCCUCGCACAGUUCGGUAACGACUAACGAGGAUAUGCCGGUAGUGAACAAUACCAGCCAAUCGGAUACGCCCAAUUCGGGCGUGACGAGCGUGGGAUCCCCGUCGACGCCCAAUUCCGCCAAGAAGGACCGUUCGAACAAAAAACUAGCGAAGGAAUUAGCGCCGUGCAAAGCCCUAUUGGAGGAUCUCGAAUGCCACGACGACGCCUGGCCGUUCCUUUUGCCCGUCAACACCAAGCAGUUUCCCACUUACAAGAAAAUCAUCAAGGUGCCGAUGGAUUUGUCGACUAUUAAGAAGAAAUUGCAAGAUUUGACUUACAAGUCGAAGGAGGAAUUUUGCGAGGACGUCAGGCAGAUAUUCAACAACUGCGAGAUUUUCAACGAGGACGACAGUCCCGUGGGGAAAGCGGGUCAUUGCAUGAGACAGUUCUUCGAGACGAGGUGGAACGAGCUGUGCGUUUCACACAGUUGA